CGGGGCACCGGCUUGGGAUGGGCCCAGGGGUGACGAAGGGCAGGAGGUGACCAGCCCCAGCGCUCUGCUGCCCUGGUGCGGUGGCUCUGGCUCCUGCCCACACCACAGGCCGGAGCCCCCCUAGGUCCCCCUGCCAUGCCAGGGGCCUUUUAAGGGCGAUGCCCAGGGCUGUGGGAAGGUGACCGGGGAGAAUGUGGCUGGUGAGCUCAUGACAAAGGCCCCCAGUCACGGGGCGGGCACACCUGUCCCCUGGGCGCCGCAUAAAGCCUGGAGCAGCCGAGCAGCUGCGGACACAGCAGUGAGGACCCACCAGGGCAGGCAGUGCCCAGGGCCGGAGCCAUGGAGGCGACUGUGGAGCAGGACCUGAAAUGGGCGACGGAGCUCAUCGACCAGAGGCUGGCGCAAGAAGAGGCGGCGAAGCAGGCGAGUCCAGGGACGCCGGAGCCAGGCUGAGCCCUGGCACUAGCCCCAAUGGCCCUUCCCUGCGGAUCUGGCACCUUCCCAGGGCCAAGCCCGGGGGCUGAGGGUUGUCUGUGCUGGGUUACAGAGCAGCCCUGGGCAGUGCCCGGGCUCACCGCCAGUGCUGGUGCGGAUGGAGAUGCGGGAGCUGGAGGAUGAGAAGCACCGGGGGGCCCUUCCCCUCGGCAUCGCGGUCCUCAAGGGCCAGGAGCGGAUGCGGAGGAGCUCGGUGGACCUGCGGCGCGAGAUCAUCGACGUGGGCGGCAUCCAGCACCUCAUCGAGCUGCGCAAGCAGCGCCGGCGCCGGCGGGAGGAGCGGGCCGCCACGCCCGAGCCGGCGCCCGAGCCGGAGCCCGAGGACCUCGAGGCCGCGGUGGCACCAGAGAUGUUCCUGCGGGCGGCCGUGCAGGGCCAGCUCCGCCUUGUCGAGAAAUUCCUGGCUGACGGCGGCUUCCCGGACACCUGCGAUGAGUUCCACCGCACGGCGCUGCACCGGGCCUCGCUGGAGGGGCAUGUCGAGAUCCUGGCGAAGCUGCUGGAUCAUGGCGCCACUGUGGACUUCCAGGACCGGCUGGACUGCACGGCCCUGCACUGGGCCUGCCGCGGGGGACACUUGGCCGUGGUGAAGCUGCUGCAGGAGCACGGCGCCAACCUCAACCUCGUGGACAAGCUCCUGAGCACCCCACUGCACGUGGCCACACGCACCGGCCACGCCGACAUCGCAGAGCACCUCAUCCACGUCGGCGUGGCCAUCAAUGCUGUGGACAGGGAGGGGGACACGGCCCUGCAUGACGCAGCGCGGCUGAACCGCUACAAAAUCAUCAAGAUGCUGCUACUCUACGGGGCCGACAUGCUGGCCAAGAACCUGGCCGGGAAGACCCCCAUGGACCUAGUGCAGCUGUGGCAGACGGACACGCGGCAGGCGCUGGAGACCCCGGAGCAGAGCAGGGCGGAGGUGGAGACGGAGGCGCCGGUGUGAGGGCGGGCGCAGGCC